ACUUUGAGUCCCUGAACAAACAUGUGGACCGUCUGGAAAACAGCUUUUGGUGCAAUUGUGAUGCAUUUGAAGUCAUUUUAGGAGAGAAAUGAGAGUGAAAAGCCGCCGAGCAGUGCUGUUCACGGCGGUGAAGAGGCGAUGUUUGGAGGCUCCACAGACAAAAUGCAGAGAGCACCAGAGCUCUGCGGGACUUCAACAUGAAGAGACACGAGCCCGCUAUCGGCCCCGCAACUUUCAGCCCGCUGCACUUCUCCAACAUUUAGUUUGGAGGGUUUUAUCAGUGAAGAGAAAACACACAAAGUGGCAUCCAGACUGCUACGGAGGAGCCAAGGGGCAGGGUUGAGUCUCCACGGUUCUCAUGGUGUGUUUAAGUGCAGCCUCGUGCUCCGGAGUCUCCAACAGUCUCUCUCUCUCUCUCUCAGUCACUGUGAUCACUAGCUGCGUCGGAACAAACGAGGAAACAAUGGCAGAAGAAGUAGCUCCAGCUCCAGCCGCCGCGCCGGCAAAAGCCGCCAAAAAGAAGGUGAGCAAGCCGAAGAAGGCCGGGCCCAGCGUGCGCGACCUGAUCGUUAAAACUGUGGCCGCGUCCAAGGAGCGGAGCGGCGUGUCUGCGGCCGCCCUGAAGAAGGCUCUGGCUGCCGGAGGCUACGAUGUGGACAAGAACAAGUCCCGCGUCAACACCGCCAUCAAAAGCCUGGUGGCGAAGGAGACCCUGGUCCAGACCAAGGGGACCGGGGCGUCCGGAUCCUUCAAGCUCAACAAGAAGGCGGCCGAGACUAAGGCCAAGAAGCCAGCGGCCAAGAAAGCGGCUCCAAAAGCCGCCAAGAAGCCCGCAGCCGCCAAGAAACCCGCCGCGGCCAAGAAGCCCAAGAAGGCCCCGGCAGCCAAGAAGGCAGCGGCCGCUAAGAAGUCCCCGAAGAAGGUCAAGAAGCCCGCCGCAGCGGCCAAGAAAGUAGCCAAGAGCCCCAAGAAGGCCGCCAAGAGCCCCAAGAAGGUGGUGAAGAAGGCCCCGGCUGCUGCCAAGAAGGCCCCCGCAAAGAAGGUCGCCAAACCCAAAGUGAAGAAAGCAGCACCCAAGAAGAAGUAAAGCUGUCAUCGCUCUGAUGAACAAAAGGCUCUUUUAAGAGCCACCACAUCUCCUCAAAGAGCCUCUUCCUGUUUAUUAUUCACGUUAUUAACCAAUGACUCAUUACUUAUAUAUAUAUCACGACUUUAACUGCUAGAAGAAGAGGGAGAGUAACAGGGGAAAUAUAACGGUUACAUUACAACUAGCUAUUGGCAUUUAGCAGAGUACAGGUACUGAGCAUAGACUGUAUAUAAUAAUAAU